UCCAUUCACAACUCUUUAUGUUUCUGAUCAUUGCAAAGUCUUACAAGCAAGCUCUUCAAGGGCAGCUUGAGAGGUGUUGAGAUAGAUAGAUGUAAAAGUUAGAAAACCUCAGACAAAUCCAUGUUUUAAUUAAAAGGAAUUAAACAUGAUCUGGGUUGUCUAUUCUUGAUACCGACCAUCAAAUUCUGAUAACUUUUUUCUUUUAUUUUUUGUUUUUGCUGAUGGGGUCAGAGUCUCCCCAAAGAACAGCAUGUUGCUUUUGUUUCUCCACCAAGAAGAAUGAUCUGCAGAAGAGCAGUAGCAAAGGGGUUGCAGGAGCAAACAUGGAGGACAGAGACUGGGAACAGAAGGAUGAGAUUUUAUCUGAUUUAAGCACCUUCUCUGUUGACGAACAAGAAAGGAGGAUGAAGAAGGCAUUGAAGGAGGAGGAGAGGGUUAGUAGGGAAGCUGAGAGGGUUGUUCAAUGGGUGAAGCAAGAAUCAGCAAGAAUGGAUGCUUCAGUGAUCAACGCUGUGCUGAGCAAGCAUGAAGGAAAAUCAAUCAAGUAAUGGUUUUUUAUAGAAAAAUAAAAAUCAAUCUCUUUUGUUUUCCUUUGGAUGUACAGAUUGGAAACUGUGAAUUACUUGUUCAUGGCAACUGCUUUUCAUAGCUGAAUGAAUUUGGUAUAA